AUGUGUCUUACCAAGUGCUACAACAUCUACAACUGCUACCUCCCAUUGGACGUAACCGACGCUAGAUUCCUGAUCCACGAUGGCCAGGUAACAAGCUCUCAUGAAAACAGCGGUCUGGCUUACAUGCCUUGGACCACAGCUGAGUUCAGAGAGUUCCUUAGUUACUUUGUCCACGCCAGAACCAACUGGCGCCUGAAGCUCGAGGCUCAGAUUAUCUAUACUAAGAAAAUCAUGCUUCUUGCUGAAAAGUAUGAUGCCCCAGAGGCACACAAUGCUGCAAAAUUGCGGCUCCGUAGCGCUCAUAAGCUUCUUAAGGGUAUUACUCUUAAACAAACCAGUCCUCCCCCUUCAGAGGAGUCCAAGACAGCCAUGAAGGAACAACUCAGCGGGUAUUUUGCUAAGGCUGUUGCCGAGGCAAAGAAGGCUACGCUUGCUCGGGCCAACAAACGGAAGAGCAAGAGCCAAACGGCUCGCCAGAAGGCUUCUCCAGUCUUCUGGCCUACUGACUUCUACAAGUAUAAGGAGAGCGUCAGUGAGAAGGAUAGCCAUAGUUACUUACCUUGUGACUUUUAUAAGUAUAAGGAAAGUAUCAAUGAGAAGGUGGUUCCUACUUAUUUGCCUUGUGACUUCUACAAGUACAUGGAGAGCAUUAACGAGAAGGUUACUCCUUCCUACUUACCUUGUGACUUCUAUAAGUACAAGGAGCUCUUGAACCAGCACGAGAAGGAUUCCUUCUUGCCAGCUGACUUCCCCUUGUUCAGGGAAACCGUGAACAAGAAGACCUACCCUCAGUACUUACCUUGUGACUUUUAUAAGUUCAAGGAGUACUUUAAAGAAACUGAAGGUGUUUCGUACUUACCUUCAGACUUCUAUAAACUCAAAGAGUACUUUAGGGAAACUGAAGGUACUUCGUACUUACCUUGUGACUUCUACAAGUUCAAGGACUACUUUAAGGAAUCCGAGGUUGCCUCCUUCUUACCUUUGGACUUCUAUAAGUUCAAGGAGUACUUUAAGGAAUCUCAGGAUACCUUUUACUUACCUUGUGACUUCUACAAGUUCAAGGAGUACUUCAAGGAGCCUCUGGAUAUCUCCUACUUACCUUCCGACUUCCCCUUCUUUAGACAUCUUCUUGUCGAGAAGUACCACAGGCAAUACUUGCCUACUUGCUUCCCUCACUUCAAGGCAGCACAGUCUCUUCAGAAGACUUAUCUCCCUGGUGACUUCCCCCACUUCUUUACCAUCUGGACUCGUACAAUCUACCCAGUUAGAAGAAAGGUCCUGGGUAGAAAGAGUACCAGAAAGACUAAGCCGGUUUCUAGAAGGAGUUCCAUCAUCCAGAGUCCAAUCACUCCCUCUACAGCAACUGGGUUGACGUUGCGCCGGCCGCUCAGCCCUGAACCUCUUUAUAAGGAGCCAAUUCGGAAGGUUCCCAAGAAGGUAUCCAUUGCAAGCUUGAACCGCCACGUGAAGCAUUCGGUUCGGGUCUUGCGUCCUCUCUGUCAACCAUAG